AUGCAAGUCUUCGAAAGGCUGAAGAAUAAGACGGACAUCAACGAGCAGAAGCGGCAGCAGGAUGAGCUCAACACGCGGUUAAACGCACAGCAUCACAAGUCACAAGAGAGGCUGGUAGAGCUGAUUGGCGACAAUACCUCCCUCCCAGUGACGAUAUCAUCGGUCCGCAUCCUUCACGCCAACCGGACAAGGCGAUCAUUCCUCGAGCGAGUAGUCGAACCUUUGCUGAGCGCGAAUCGCGAUGAGUCAUACACGCUUGAAGAGGCUUUGAAGGAGGUGGGCAAUGCUACGGACAAGCUAAAUCGCUUUGGUAUCUUCAAGUCGCCAAUAUCGGUAUAUCUCGACAGACCGGAUCAGACAAAUGCCUCCAGCUCACCGACCGAUGUCGAUGUCUACAUCUCUGCCUUCGAGCGCGGCAACUACACCAUCAAGACAGGCACAGAGGCUGGCGCUUCAGAGGCGGAUGCCUACGUUCACGCUGAGCUGCGGAAUGUGCUGGGUGGAGCCGAGACUCUCAAUGCACAUGGAUCGUUAGGAACGCGAACACGCUCAGCCUACUCUCUCGCUUUCGAUUCCCCAAUACUGAGCAACCCAGACCUAAAAAUCCAAGUCAAUGGCUUCGCAAGCUCAACGCUGAAGAGCUGGGCAAGUCACGAAGAAGUACUAAAAGGUGGAAACUCAAAGCUUUUGUGGAGAUCAAAGACAGGACAUCAGCAUGAAUUUGGCUACUCUGGCAUCUGGCGACAGGUCACCAGUCUCGCAGAAAACGCAUCCCCAACUGUCCGCGUCGACGCAGGCGACUCCUUCAAAUCAAGCAUCACGCAUACCUGGAUCAACGACAAGCGCGACUAUCCCCUACUGCCUAGCAGUGGUUACCUUAUGAAGACUGUGUCUGAGCUCGCAGGUUUCGGUCCGCUAAAAGGCGACGUAGCAUUCUUCAAGUCGGAAGCUGAGUCGCAAGUCGCGCUUCCGUUCGGUGACACUGGCAUCACCUUGACCGCGGGUCUACGUGGAGGACUCCUGUACCCUUUGACUUUGGGUGGUGGCAAUAGCCCGCAAGCAUCACGCAUCAACGACCGCUUCCAGCUCGGUGGUCCAAAUACCGUCCGUGGUUUCCGCCUUGCUGGCCUCGGUCCUCACGACGGCCCUGACGCUGUAGGCGGCGACGUGUAUGCUGCUGGUGGCGCUUCCCUCCUCCUCCCAGUCCCGCGUGUCGGAAAAGAAACCCCGUUACGACUUCAAGCGUUCAUCAACGGCGGGCGCCUGCUCUCGCUCAAGUCCCAGUCUUCAAAGAAGGAAGAAGGGUCAUUCGGAAGCGGGAACGAGGUGCAGAGUAGCUUGCAGAAGACGGUGCAAAGUUUGACACAGGAGCUGCCGAGUGCGGCGGCGGGUGUGGGACUGGUGUAUGCGCAUCCGGUUGCGCGAUUUGAGAUUAAUUUUAGCUUGCCGCUUGUGAUGAGGGCGAAGGAGGAGGGAAGGAAGGGUUUGAGCUUUGGGGUGGGGAUUGAGUUCUUGUAA